AUGCUGCGUGUUGUGGUCGCCUGUUUCGCCUUGGUGUCGUCGGUUUCGGCAACUGCCUUCACGGACAUGAACUGCACGAAUGGUGAUUCUGCAGCUCCAGCGAUUUACAACUUAUCCGCAAGGUCUGACGGUCUACUUGAUUUCAGUUUCGCUCCAUCCGCCACCGCAUGCGAAGACAAGUACCUAGCAACAACAUGUUCUACACUCUUCGGUACUGCUGUUGUAGCAGGAGGAACCACAGACAGAGAUGCGAAAUGCCUGACGGACGAAGACACUAAAGCGUUGGCCAUAGAUAGUUGCCCGAAAAGUUGCGGUUACUGCUGCAUGACCCCUGAGUACGCAUGCAAAAACGCCGAGUUUCCACGUGUGAAGUGUUCAACUGUAACCGCGGCCCAGUGCAAGGACUCAACAUGGAGACCAAUUCUUGCCGAAGACUGUCCCAAUGUCUGCGGAUUCUGCCUUGAAGGUGGAUGCGUCGACACUGUAAUUGAAUGCGAGAAUGAUCCUUCUGUCUGCAGAAAUGUCGACAUGCAGUCUUUCGUCAAGGAGAACUGUAAGAAAACUUGUGGUUACUGUGCCGCUGCCACAACGGCUGCACCCGUCGUUGCUGUCACUACAGCUGCGAGUGGUGGCAAUUCCGGUGGCACUUGCACAGAUUCAUCCUCCGCCUGUGCUAGCUGGGUAGGUAACGGCUUCUGCACCAACACUUUCUACACCGCUGAACAAAGAAAGUCUUAUUGCGGCAAGUCAUGCGGCCUCUGCUAA